ACAGAUUUGAUCAUAUUCAGAAUCAAAGACAAAUGUAUUAUAACUUUUGCAUUAAAACAAAUAACCAUUUUAUAAAGACUAGAUCAUAUCUACAAAUUCAUUAAAUACAUUUGUAUGUCGCAAAUGUUGCAGAUCAAUAAAUCUAUUCUAAAAAAGGAGUGCUAAACUUUGAUCUCUGACUUGUAUCUAAACGAUUAUCAAAAGAAAUGAAUUACCGAAAAAGAUUACGUCAGAGAAAUGUCAAGUAGUCUGUUUAAUUGAUUGCAGAGGUCGUGCAUGCACAUUUUUUCAAAAUUGAAUAUUACACAGCUUAUUAAAGUAUAAGUAACAUAUUUAGAGUUUGCCGUUCAUUCCAUACACUUUUAAAGUAAUUGCAAAGUUGUUGAUUGUAAAAGCUUGUAUUUUAAGACUGUAUUCACAGACGUAUGGAUUUAAAAAUCAAUUUUCUCCUAAUAAUUGUGUGGCAUGCAUUUCUUGUAGAUGUUGAAUGUUUAAGCACCACAAAACAGAUAUAUGAUGCCAUAUUUACUGGUUAUGACAAUGGACUAAGACCAGUAUGUGGAGGAGCGACACUAGUUAAUCUAUCAAUUGGUGUAGCAGUUCGACAACUGAUAGAUCUGGAUGAACCAAAUCAGGUGAUGAAGAUAAACUUGUGGAUCCGAUUGAAAUGGACAGACUGUUUGUUGCAAUGGAAUUCAAGUGAAUAUAAUAAUACAGGCUAUAUAGUUGUACCAAUAUCAAAGAUUUGGACACCGGAUUUAACCCUUUAUGACAGUCUUGAUUCGGAAAUGAAUGGCAUGGAUAAGAACAGAGCUUCAAUCUACUCAGAUGGCUCCGUUUAUUAUAAUUUUCCAACUCUUAUUGAAGUGAUUUGUCCGAUUGACGUAACUAGCUUUCCGUUUGACACUCAAGUUUGUGCAUUGUUAUUCGGUUCAUGGGUGUACCAUGGAAAUCAACUGGAUAUGCAAGCAAGAGACAACCCAAGUGAUUUAUCCUCUAUGAAAACAAAUGUAGAAUGGGUCAUCCAAAAAAUUGUAGUUGAAAGGCAUGAGGUAGUAUACGGAUGCUGUCCGGAUCCGUAUCCAGAUGUUACAUUUUAUAUUCACGUAGAACGUAAACCAGCAUAUUACAUAACGAAUAUAAUAAUACCGUCUAUAAUGAUUACAUCAUUAGGUAUUCUCUGCUAUUUCCUCCCUGUGGACUCCGGAGAAAAGGCUUCGUUAAUAAUCACAGUGAUGUUGGCAAUGUCAGUAUUUCAGUUACUUGUUGCAGAUAAGCUCCCACCAUCAGCCGAUUCUACACCUUGGAUAAUGUUCUUUUUCAACUUUAUACUGGGACUGUCUGCUGUUUCAACUACGGUCCAGGUAUUUGUUAUCAAUAUCUACUACCGCGGGGAAAAAGAGAUGCCCCAAUGGAUUAAAAGGGGCAUCCUCGUACCAUUAUGCUUUAUGACGUUUGUUAACAUUCCUGGUAAUCGUCCAUCAAUCUGUGGUAAAGAGAAAAAAGUUGGGGAUUUAAUCAAGGACGUCGAGCAGAGUACAAAUACGGAGCUCUGGCAGUUUUUGUCUGUAGCCAUUGACAGACUUGGACUAGUAUUAUUUACGAUUACCUUAAUAGCCGGAAGUUCUUAUGUUUGGUCGGCUAAAUAACUGGUACUUUAUAAUGAAAAUGAAAUAUUUCGUGAGACACCUUAAAUCUAUAUUUUGAUGAUAAGAAGCAUGCAAAUUGCGGUUUGAUUUUAUUCAGUUUUAUAAGGACAGUGCGUUGUUCUACGGGUCUCAUUUACUAUUCACAUCAUGACAAAAUUUUAAUAAAAACUUUCUAAUGUCAUUGUAAUGAAAAAGUUUUUAUUGAUCGGUGUUUAAAAAUAUCAAAAUAAAAAUAGCUAUAUUCA